CUAUUUCACCAUUGAUACAAUCCGUCGUAGUGCACUCCUGCAAUGGAGGCGCAUUGUGACUAUUGGUACUUGGAGCAUGUGAGCACCGGGAAGAAACUAAUACUGCAAUCCGGCGAGAAUUCAGUGGGCAGGCACUCGUGCUGCAAGUUUGUGCUAAAGGAUUACAACUUCCUGUCCCGACAGCACGCCAAGUUCAUUGUAGAUCAAGACAAUAACGUAUGCCUCGAGCAGUUGAAUGCACUCAAUGGAAUUUUUAUCAAUGAAUCCAAGCUUGUAGCAAAUACUCAGCGUCUGAACUCCGAUGAUAUAAUCGGUCUUGGAGUUGAAGUUGAAUCAUCGGACGCAGUGGUUCCGCCUAACUAUGCUAUAUUCCAAUUGAAGCUAAUGUCUUCUAAUGACGAGGACAUUGUUCUUAUAUCCGAUGACGAGGUCGAUGAUGGAACAGUGCCUAAUGAUUACAAUAUAGAUGCCGUUAAGCAGGAAGGGGACGAGAUUAACAACGCCGCCAAUAAACCUGAUAAUGAGAAAUCAGCCGAUGCAAGUCCAAAUCCAAACAGGGUAAUACACUUACCAAAACUUCCGGAAGUGAAACAAGAAAUUCUAUCGCAGGCAUCGAAAGAUAUUGAGAACAUUUUCGGCGAGGCGGAUGAGGAGUUUCUUGAAUCGGUUUAUCAAAUCAAUCCGUAUGUGUACAAGCAGCUGAAUAACAAGAACGUUGUCACAACUGGUGAGAAAAUAUACAACGGCGAUAUAAUUGAGCUGCUUGAAAAGGCUGCCAAUCCAGAAAUCUCUCUACCCGAGAAUGGAGACACCCCAGAACAGCCUCCUGAGUAUGCAAACUUACCAAAAACUCCACCACCGCCAUUAAUUGGUGCCUCAAUUAUUGUGGAUGACAACGAUGAUGACUAUGAUGAAAACAUGGCCUUGUCGCUACGCGAAAUGAAGGAUGAAAUGGCCGAAAUUGGUGAGCUUAUUGAUGAGGCGCAGGAGGACGAGAUCCAGGACGAUGAUGAUUUUCAGCCACAAGCAUCAUGGAUCAAAACCGAAAUAGCCACACAAAUCAAUGAGGAUGAAAUUAUACUCAUUGAGGACGAAGACGACGAACUUCAAAGCAAAGUGGCCGAUUGGUCAUCGAAGCUGCUCUCUCAAAAUAUACUGUCGCAAGUUUAUCCACUGGAUGAGGAGGAUCAAUGUGAUGCUGAGUCACAGGCUGAGCAAUUGUUUAAUGAUACCAAUAGAGAUGCUAAUAAUGACAACGGCAAUCAGUUAUCAGAGCUGUCUAUUUUUAUGAGACAUAGAUUAAAAGCGAUACGAAUUGACAGCAGCUCCAGCGAAGAUGAGUCUGAAGCCAUUUGCCCAGCUGAGAAGACGACACUGCAGAAUUCCAUGCUACAUAGUGUAAAAUCGAUUGAUAUAUUGCAAUCACAGCAAAAUGAUUGCGACGAUUUGAUAGCAAAGGAUGCCCAUAAGAAAUCUGAGGCUGAACGCUCCGACAUAGCCUGCAACAAACAGCCGGAAUCACCCAGUACACUAAAAAAGCCACAGAAGAAGUCCACACUGCGCAAGCGUAACAAAAGUGUCUCGGAGCGCUCGGAGAUUGAAGAGCUGCCUGUAGAAGCAGAUGAGCCUGCUACCGAGCUCGAAUCAUCCGCUAAGAAACGCAGCCCGCUCCUUCAAAAUAUAUCGAAAUCUUGUCAUUUUGAGAGCCCCUUAUCAUCUCCAACAAGAGUACAAAGCAGUCCCAAAGAAGACCAAAAUAAAACCAAAAAGAUGUCAACAGAAGCAACACCAACAAAAUGUAGUUCUCGCUUACAAAACAGAUCCAAAUCUUGUUAUAUGGAAAGACCCACGUUAUCGGUAACAAAACAACAAGAAAAAACAACUAAAGACUCAAAGAAAGCAAAGGAGAUACCGCCGGAAAAGAUGUUCGUACCAGAACCAGCUAUAUCUCCAAAGAAGAGCAAAUCCAAAUCAAGUUAUAAGGAAAGCCCCUCAACUGCUUCAACGAUCACAAUCAAGGACAAAAACAAACAGCCGCCAGUAGAGGCAACUGAAUUUGUGACUUUGCCAGAGCCCGCGAAAGCACUGAGCCCACGCUUGCUAAACAGAUCCAAAUCCUGCUACAUGGAACGUGCCAUAUCAUCACCCGAAAGGUCCGAGCAGUCAACAAAUAAAACACCUCACAGCAAGUCGAUUUCUCAGCGAAGCACCGAUAAGUCAUCCACAGGAACCUCAAGUAACGAUGAGCAUAGUCGUAAGCCAAUGGUCAUUGCAGCCCCCCAUUUGCCCAAAUGCCGCGGAAAAUUGCGAGGCGUUUCAGCCGUCAGCAAGGAAAUAAAGCGUAAAAUUCAAGUACUUGACCGACAACGCUCUGACGAUUACAUGGCGCAGAUGAAGAAGAAAUGGUAUCAGAAAUCAAAGGACAGGAAACGUGAAUGCAAGCAAAUCAAGGAGAAACGUCGCGAGGAGCUCAAAAAACUUGCCGCAAUACCAAAGUCAGAUGCUAAAGCUGCUGCUAGCGAUGGACGCAAACGCAAACAGACGAGCGUGCCCACGCCGGGCAAUUGCAAUCGUGGCGAGUUCCUAACGAAAGAAGUGCAACCACCCAUCUCAAAGAAAUCUAAACUGGAUAAGACGCCAGCAAUGCCGACAAAACCAAAGCCCGUACGUCGAGCCACCAUCGAAUCCUUCAGUCAGCAGCUGAAUGCCGCCGACCUAAUAAAGAGUCCGCCCACACAUUUCAGUCGACUGCCGGAACGCAAGGAUGCGCAAAAGGCGCGCAAUCAGAGGACCUGCAAUCGGGUUACUUUUGCCGAUAUGGAUCGGCAGUUCGAAAUGCGACAAAAGUUAAACAAGUUGGCGAAACGCGUCCGUUUCAAUGAUACUCCACAAAUAAGAAUUAUCGAACGGAUUGGUAACAUAAAAGUUGGCAAUAAAAAGGAUACCAAAAAGCUGACACUGAGCACGUACAAGGAGCGUCGCGAAUGGGCACACGCACACGGCAAAUUGGAUAACUUUCGCGAUCUGAUUAUGGGCGACAUUCUUAGCUGGGCCAAUCAGUGGCUAACACUGCGCUCUGCCGACGCGGUGGCAGAAUCUGAUGUCCUCAUACCCAUUCCAGAUGAGUUCAAAAGCUUCAAACAGUACAGAGAUACCAUUAUACCACUGAUGAAAGUGGAACUGCUCGCCACCAUAGAGCGUGACUAUGAAAUAUCCACAGACAGAUUUGAGGUCCAUUUGAAGAGUUUCUCGCAGGACAACACUCGAAAUCGACCGCGUUUUGUGCUGUUCACCACAUACAACCAGCGGAUUGUGAAGAAAUUUGAUCUAUAUACUAUAUAUUGUCACAAAAAUCGAAAAAAGACGUUUGCGAAUGUGGUAAACACCCAAAGGAUAUCUGGUGACCAUUAUGAACUACAUUUUGAAAUAUUGCAAGAGGAUAUUACCAUGGAGAUGCUGAGCGGUAUAAAAACUUUAACGGUGCGCCCCAUCGUGGAUAAUAUACGAGUGGAAAUGGGUACAUUCAAUGCCAUAUAUUUAUUGAGUCGCUCGCCACUCGCCCAGCGCAUCUUACAGCCCAGCGAGAAUGUAGUAUCGUAUGACAACAAAUUAAUACCGCAUGCGGCAUACAAGGGCUAUAAUAAACUGAACAAGCGCCAGAUUGAUAUUUGCCAGCGCACCUGGCAUCGGCUGGUUGAUGACUCAACGCCCAGUAUUACGCUGAUCCAGGGUCCACCGGGCACUGGCAAGUCGGUGAUCAUCUCCAAUCUCACGUUGCAGUGCAUUUAUGGUAGCAGUAAUAUAAUGCUGGAUCGCAAGAUACUCAUAUGUGCGCAUAGCAAUGCGGCUGUGGAUAAUAUAACGUACUAUUUAAAACGUGCCCACCACGCCAUGUGUAAUUAUCGGUUUGAUGUAUUGCGCUUCGGCCUAUUUGAAAAAAUGAACCCAAAUGUGCAGGAUAUUUCGCUAAACCACUAUCUAAAACAGAAGCGUGACGAGAAGCGUAAUCGUCUCACUGCCGAUAAUAUUUUGAGUCUAACAAACCAACAAAAUGAGCUGAAAAUGGAAAUCGCAGAGCUUAAGAAAUCGUCUACGAAAAUGAAUUAUAUGCAACAGCAGUUGACUGCCAAAGAGCGACAAUUGCGUCUAAUCACGGAGCAACUGAAUCCACCGCUGACGCCACGCGAAGAGCACCGGUUCUCUACAGAGCGCGUGGAGCGCGCUAAUAUUGUGUGCACCACACUCUCGAGCUGCGUCAAGCUGGCCAACUUCAUAGACUACUUUGACAUAUGCAUCAUAGAUGAAGCAACACAGUGCACAGAGCCAUUUACAUUGUUGCCACUGCGCUUCGGUGUACGCGGUCUCGUCCUGGUCGGCGACACACAACAGCUGCCCGCCACAGUGCUGUCCCAAAAGGCAAUUGACUUUGGCCUGGGCAACUCAAUGUUCGCUCGCAUACAGCGCAAUUUGCAACUGCAGCUGGAAAGGAAGCGUGUCAAUCAAGUUGUGCACACGAAAAUAUUUCGAUUAUCCACACAGUAUCGGAUGCAUCCAGAUAUUUGCCAAUGGCCAAAUAGCUACUUCUACGACAAUCAGUUGACGAAUGCCGAUUGCACGGCGUAUCUGAUAUCACCAUUUAUUCCAUAUUGUGUCAUCAAUUUGAGCUAUACGCAGGACACCAAUGAUGUGAGCAGUCGCAGCAUUAGCAACGAUGAGGAGGCACAUUUUGUGGCCAAACUGCUGGUCGAGAUGAACAAGCAUAUGCCCGCCGAGCGCUAUAAAUAUGGACUGAUAACGCCAUAUAGCAAUCAUUGUUAUACUCUCAGUCAGGUGAUACCCAGCACCAUGAAGAUUACGCCGCAAACUGUCGAUGCGUAUCAAGGUCAGGAGCGGGACAUCAUCAUCUUAUCGAAUGCACGCACACGCGGCGUCGGCUUCCUCACCAACUAUCAGCGACUCAAUGUGGCCAUCACCAGGCCAAAACGCUGCCUCGUCAUCUGUGGCAACUUUGAUGAUUUACAAUCUGUACAAAUUUGGCGUCAUUUGCUGGACGAUGCACGCAGUCGAAAUAUUUACUUUGAUGUGAAGCGCAGCGAUGUUGAGGAUUUAAAUCGAUGUCUAAUCAGUAAGAUGCUUGUGCCGCCACUUGAAAUUCCGAGUUGAUUUAACUCGUCGUCCAAGUUUUAUAAAUUUCUUAAUAGUACAUCAUUUCAACAAUUAUUGAAUUCAUUCCUGAAGUGCCAAAGCAUAUAUAAAAAUAUAUAUAAAUAUAUAUGAAUACAGUUACUUACUUAUAUAUGGCUGCUAUUUAACCGAAAAGAAAUUGGUUAUUAAUUUGAAAAUAACAUGAAUUAUAAAUGCAUUUUUACAUUUAAAUUUUAAUUAUGUUUUGUAACAUCAAUAAAGACUUGCCUUAGGUCUAAAACAGUUUCACUCGACUCUAAAGUGAAUUGAAU